CACAUUUCUCCCGGCAUUCACUCACAAUGUCCAGCAAAUAUAUGCUAUACUGUCGUCAGCAAAGUGUAAGAAGCUGGAAAAGAACGUUGCAUUAAGAACAAUGUCAUACACUCUUGGUACUUCCAAGCAGCAGCGAAAGCACAGUUAGUGUUGCAUCGUCGGCCGUGAAAGAUGGAGACAAACGGAAAGUGGUUGUGGAAGAAGACUGAGACCGAAAAGUUAUUCGAAGUUUUUGCCGUCAGUUACCAGCUCACCAUCGUCACUUGCGAACCCCUGCUUGAAGCACAGGUCAUCCAGGCUCUCACCCAUUUCCAAAGGAAAGUACCCCUUCUGAGGACCUGUUUUAGUGAGCGAAAUGGAGAGACGUGGCUCAGAGAGAUGACACAGGAGAUAAUAGACUUCGAGUUACUUAUAGAUAACACAAAGGACGAAGAUCUACACGCCAGAUUACAGGGGUACAACUUCAAUAAAGAGACAGGUCCUUUAUGGUGCGUGAAGCUGAGACCAGAAUCGCAUUCUUCAGCAGAGGGGGUAUCCAGGGAAGGCAUUUCAGGAUUUCCUCACAUGUAUUCGCUGUUCCUGGGCAUUAAUCAUGCUAUCACUGAUGGCACUACGAACGCCAUCAUUUGCGGAUACCUCAUCCAGAUCCUUGACAAUGUUUUGGCAGGAAAACAAAUCGACGAAGAGGAACAGCUCGGGAUUUUCAUAUCAGAUGAAAAGACGAUUAAAGCAGUACAGGAACAAGUAGCAUUCGUGAAAGAUAAUCCUGAAAUCCUGAAGACAUUGGAAAAAGACCAUCAGGUACUACAGGGAAGGCGGUCGAUUUUCAAAAACACUUUCAAAGGAGUUGCAAAGGAAGAAGCACGAACUUUGUUUAUGACACAGAAUUUGGACAGUGAAACUACUGCUGCCUUCAUCAAGCGGUGUCGUGCAGAAGGCGUCACCGUCAACUCUGCUUUCAUAGGAAUAGCUAACUUUGCGUUAGUGGAUCUGCUGGUGCAAGGAGGCCUCGAGCGGGAUUCGUAUAGUAUUCGCAGUUCACACGUCCUCAACGCCCGCCGCUACAUGGAAGGUGAUGCUUCUCAGUACCUCGGGUGUCAUCUCACGAUCCUGAACGUGAUUUUCGAAACACCACGAAGCUUUAGUGAAAGCUUUUGGAGAUAUGUAAAGCCCAUUCAGGAGGAAUUUCAAACGAAAAUCAAAAGUGGUUAUGCUCUGCAAAUAGAGGGAACAAAAGGCCUCGUGUCAAAUACUUCAGAUUUCGACCCCACUUUCGAGUUCGAUUAUUGCAUCACCAACAUGGGAGACGUGACGCAGAGGGUAACGGAGGGCGGAGAUCACGUGCAGGUAUUGCAACUCCUAAGGACUGCGGAAAUAAGUAGAGUUCCGAUAGCACUAAGUAGUUUUCUACACACUUUCCUUGGCCGCUUCACCCAUACUCUAGCCUACAACACAUCGCUUGUCACCUCACAAAUGGCAGAACUGUAUUACGAUAAGAUAGACUAUUAUCUUCGAGCAUCACUACAAAUUUAAAGGAAUAUUUUAUAGCUAUGUUCACUUAGCAUUUACCCCUUUACGUUAUACUGCCGAAUACUUUAUCGUCUGUGUAAGUAGAUUAAGAAAGAGAAAGCAGAAGAAUGAUAUACAAAUGCUAUACUUUGGAUGAUAUGGCAUAGCAAAGUAAUGACAUAUGAGAAAUGAGAGUACUUAUAGGCAACUAAUGUUUAUUGAUAUGUAUAAGGAAUUAUAACUAAGGAGUAAUUAUACGAAUGAGCAUCACAGUAAGAUCCAUAAGAUUACUGAAAAAUGUCAAAUGAAAUUAGAUUAACUAAAAUUUAUUGCAUUAUCCUCUUCCACGUUUUACCCAAAAGAUCUAAAUACAUAAUAAGAUAAGCUUACGUGUGGACAAAGGUAAUUUACCAGCGACAGAAGCUUUAUUUGGGCGAGUUGUUUUUUCUGGUACAAAAUUUCUUUCUCAUAUAGUACACUAUGACUAAUAUUUAUUUAAUGGAUUGUUACACCAACCUCAUUGUCAGCACAGUUGGAUAGUAUUACCUGAUUUAUAUGUUUCAAAUAUGACAUUUAACAUUACUUCUAAGAGGUGGUCCAUUUU